AUGGCCUUGAAUAUACAACCCCCUCACCCUUCGGUCAGCGAACGCAGAGGCCAACGACUGGCACCACUGCGGACCGACUUCGGCCAGACCAAUUUCAGUCGUCCAACAGCCCGUCCUGCGCCGGCCAACCGCCCUCGACCAAACGAAUAUGUCAGUGCCAAUGGUGAGGCCAUGGAGAAGGUUCCCUUGAAUCCACCAAAGCGCCAGUCAUCCAAGCCCAGCUUGCGCAGCCUCUUUGGCCGCGACAAAUCAGCACGCAAGCCAGCCCAUGACCACAAACUCGCCGAGAUUGACGAGGUGCAUCCCACGGGCACCAAUGCCAACAUCGAUGCCACGAUACAACCCGACGUGCCAUUAUCGCCAAACAUUUGUAACACGCCCAAGACCGCGGUCUCGACGCCUACCCUUGUCACAUCGCCCACGUCCGCAGCUGAGCUGCCUACGCGAAACAAGCUUCCCCCGUCUAAACCGCUGCCCCCGAAGCCAAGCGAGGAGGAUAAACCACCGGGCCGAGAUCUGGGGUGGAAACCACCGCCAUUGUUCCAGGCCUACCCGCAAGCUAUCAAACAUAGUACCCUUCCGGCCCCGACGCUGUCAGCUGACGCUAUCUUACGUGCGCAUGCUACUUCCAAGGGCGGUGUGUCGCGCGAGGAUGAGAAUGUGGGCGCCUUGUCACAGCAAAAAGAAGACACACGCGAAGAGGCUGCGGCUAGGAAGAAAAAGGAGGACAAAGAGAGGAAGCAUCUGCGGUCACUCUCGGAGACAAUUGGCAAAACGGAGUGGACUCAGAAGGUUUAUGUCGUGACUACUUCAGGGUAUAUUCUGCAAUACUCUGGGGAUGGGAAAUAUGACCGACUACCCGAGAAAAUGCUCCUUCUAGGCCCCAAAUCGGUGGCAUUUGCUAGUGACGCUAUCCCAGGGAAGCAUUGGGUCUUACAGGUGUCGCAAGGCCCAGAUGGAUCUGAAGCUCCUGCCCCUACGGAUGUGCCUCGUCCGUUGCUGACACGAUUGGGUUUCCAUCGCUCGUACACACGGAGAUUGACUCAAAGUUUUCUUCUGACCUUCAACGAUCCCGACGAAUUGAGCUCUUGGCUGCUUACCGUUCGAGCCCAGAUCGAGGCUCGUGGGGGUAAAAAGUAUGUUUCGGAACGAGUGUUUGAUGAUGGGAUGGAGCAGCAACUCCGGUCGAAAACCAGCGUGCGACAAUUGGUGAAGCGAGACCCUAAUCGAUUCUCGAACCUGUACUUGCAACCGCAGAAUGAGAGCCAGUCAGAGGGGGAUUCCCGUCGGAGUUCCUAUGUGUCCAAUAGCAACCGCCAUUCGAUGGUCUCCACGGCCGCGACUGAUGUGGGAACACCCCAGGCUGCUGGAAACAUCGCCUCGGGGCGUUUCUAUGCUGCCACCACCGUCACGGCAACGACAUCGGGAACGACUACGACGGCGACGGCAAUCCCCCCGCGGGAUGCUACUAGUUCACCUGCGAUGCGCCAUCAUGAUUCAGAAAAUGUCACGUCACCUCCUCCGCGUGAAGCCACACUGAGUCCCGUCCUGACAAGCCCGAAGAAACGACGAUCGAUGGCAUACAUAUCCACACAGCCAGCGGAACCUCUCCAACCGGAUGUCUCACAGUUACCUCGAUCUCAAUCGACAGCACCAGAUCCUUCCUUUCGAAGUGUAUCGCCGCCAGCGCCCAACUUCAGCGUUCCAUCUUUCAGUAAGCGCUUCGCAGCCAGGACCGCAAUGAACAAUAUCCCUCCAUUGCAACUGGCUUCCCUUCAACAACCGGAUGACCAGAACGAGGAUGACUUCGACGUUAAUGCCAUCGCAUCGUUCCCGUCUCCCCCGCAAUCUCCCGUGCGCAGUCUAUCCAGCAUGAGCCGCAAUGACCCAAAUGAU